AUGGACAGAACCGACCGGAAAGGGCUAAUGCCGAUGAUAGAUGAAAGACUGGGCCUGCUCGUAGCCCCGAAUGCCGUACGUCUCCAGCCAUCGGCGCAGGACGGCUAUGCAUGGUCCGUUACCAAGUCCAAGGAAAGCCUUAUCCAGACGAGCCUGAGCAAUGGCUCUGUGGGCUUGUACCGGGCUAUUCGGGAGGAGCUCGGGCGGUCUCUCGAGGCAGUAUCCCCGCGGAUCCUGAGGCAAGACGGCGAGGAGCACAGCACGCAGCCGGACACGCGUCGACUUUCAGAUAACGAGACAGAGAACGAAUCGUUUACUGCGAUUAUUCGUCGACUCGAGCACGAGAAUCAGGAACUUCGAACACAGCUUGCUCGCGCCAGGGAGGAGUCGGAACAAGCACGACGACACCAUCAAGACUGGGAAGCGAAAGCCUGUCGAUUGGCAAAUGACAAUGGGAUUGCUCGUGUCUCCGAGAGAAGGCUCAAAAGCCAAGUGAGUCGCAUGCAAAGGGCGGUCUCCGGGGCAGUGCGGCUGUUGGAAGAUCAUACACCUGGGGAGAGUUCUAGAAUUUCCUUGGAGGAAUAG